CUCUCGCGAGAAGCGACCGGAUCUCGUGACUGGGCCUCCGAGGAGGUCGAGGAAACACAGAUGCCCUGUCAGAUCUGGUUUUAAGAACGAGGUUGUCAUGGGUUCAUCUGCAUCUUCUCCAUCAAUUGCACUCCAAGCAAAUGUAUCAGAACAGCCUCAGGCUGUGCCUUCACAAUGUCCAAUGCACCAGAAGAACAUGGAAGGUUGUCCAAUGCAUAUGCAGUCGGCUGGCAGUCUUAGUGAGAACCAGAGCUACCCUGUUCCUGCACAUCAAGAAAGAGCAUACAAAUAUGUGGAGUGCCCUGUGAAAUCUCAAACACAUGAGAAGAUUGAUCCUAGCAAUAUGAUGCCAGCACCUAAUCAGCUACCAGCCCCCGAUCAACCAUUUCCAUUGUCUACAGUGAGAGAAGAGUCUACUAUUCCUAGAGCGUCUUCUGAACAAAAAUGGGUUUAUCCCUCAGAGCAGAUGUUUUGGAAUGCAAUGCUUAGAAAAGGAUGGAGAUGGAAAGAUGAUGACAUAAAACCUGAAGAUAUGAAUAAUAUAAUCAAGAUUCAUAAUCAGAAUAAUGAACAGGCGUGGAAGGAAAUUUUAAAAUGGGAAGCACUUCAUGCAAGGGAGUGUCCAUGUGGACCAGCACUUAUUCGGUUUGGUGGUAAAGCGAAGGAGUACUCGCCAAGAGCCAGAAUAAGGUCUUGGAUGGGCUAUGAACUACCUUUUGAUAGACACGAUUGGAUUGUUGAUCGCUGUGGAAAAGAAGUUCGAUACGUAAUUGACUAUUAUGAUGGAGGAGAAGUAGAUAAGAACUAUCAAUUCACCAUUUUGGAUGUCCGUCCGGCUUUUGAUUCCCUAACUGCAGUAUGGGACAGGAUGAAAGUGGCUUGGUGGCGCUGGACUUCAUAACUAAAUUUGCACAGUAUGAACAGUUACACUAUUUGGGCAGAGUGGUGCUGCCCUAACUUUGGACUUUAAUAAAAGUUUAUGGUGACUUAAGUCAACAGCAUUCUA